GGCGAUAUGUGCUGCUUCGUGCGCAUGGCGGCUUGCGAGAGCCGUCGGAGCUUGGCCCGUCUACGUCUUAUAAGCACCCUAUGUGGCGUAGUUACGUAUAAUCUUUUUGAUAUGAGCUACGAAGGUGAUCCAAAUGGAGUUUUUGGCUCUAUCUCAUGCACAGCCACUUUCCAGAUAGUUAAGGAGUUUCUGGAAAUUGAGAACGCUGUGGAGAUUAAAAAACCACUGGGUCUUUUAGGGGAGACGAAGAGUGGAUGAGGGAGGCGCGUGUCCAAAUUCAUAUGAGGAAAGGCUACCUACAUUUAUGACGCUCCAGUAACCGCUAUGGAGACCCUAUGGAGGCCUUAUGUAUGGAGCCCGUUGAACAGCAAUCUGAUCGGAAGCGAAUCAAAACUAUGUAUGAUCUACACGGCAAAGAGAAUAGAAGGAUGGAAGAAUUUGUAUAAGACGGUGUAUAAGUUUUGUCAAAGCUGUUCAAACUUCAGGGUAGUUGAACGGUUACGUGCUUGGCUCCUUUAAUUCGAAUGAGGGUACAACUUCAAUAUUACUAGGUAUAUAUGUAUUGGAUAAUACAUAGUAAUUACCCAGUUUCCCAAUGGGUUCAAAUGUUGUACUCAGACUGUCAAUAGUUAUUUUGCAAGGUAUAAUAUUAUGAACUAAUACUUGAGGGUAUUUAACCUCCUGAAGAUCGGUUGAGGGAGUUUAUAUUACUAAGGUUAGGUAUGUGUUCGAGAGGCCAAAAAAAGAUCAAAGGAAUUUAAAAAAAGAAAAAAAAGAGGAGAUAGAAUUCAAGAUAGAAGGAAUUCCGACAUUCAAUGUUCCUACAAUUCCUAACUAAUUCGUUUGUAGGUUUGUAGGUACCAUGUAAUUAGUACGUGGUGCAAUUGCCAAUUGAAGGAUUCAUUCAAAGUUCCCCUCAUUUCUAAAUCGGUCGUAUUGAUAGGUACCCUCCAGGUCCCUCCUAUUGAAUGUCUAAUUUGUAGAUACAGUGGUACACAUUACCCACAUGCAUGCUCAAUUGACGAUGAACCCAAGCGAAUCGAGUAACGUGGAAUAACGUGACGUGGGAACACGAAGUGAGGAGUAUCGGGUGAGACGUGAUCCUGUUAAGCGCUCUUGCGGGCGAGCAGGGGUUGAUACGAUGGGAUAUCCCAGAGAUCUCUGCGAGUUCCGAGGCUAAAUGUGUAUGCGUCCAGCAUCCAGUGACUUCUAAACCCUAGCUGUGGGUGAGAGGGGAGGGGAAGGGGGGGGGGGGGGCGAUUUGCAAGGUAGCUCUGAACGCACAUGGAAAGGAUCCGCCUAGGCGGGAAAGAUCAUUGAUUCCUCACG